UUCUAACACCCAGAACACAGUGAGCACCGCAAGCGGGCUUGCAAAUGAUUUAAAGGGAUACUCCCCUGCUCCUCUCCAAGGGGGCCUGUGCCCAGACACGCCCCUACGCAGACAUCACAGGGUGCACCUGAUGUCACAAUCUACCAAGCUCCGGUCUCAUGGCAACCACUAUGUUCUAGCAGCCCUAGUGUGGCCAAGUGGGCUGGGGCUUACAGCUCAUCACUCGCUUGCCCUGUACCCUCGCCCCCAGCUGACCACAGCCCAGAAUCCAGCACGGUGAGUCAGACAAGGUGGGUCCCUGGUGGGAGAAGGUCCUCAAGGAGAACAGCCACCAAGCGAGGCAGCCAGGCCAAGACGGGCCAAGGCUGCAAGGCCAGAGCUAAGAAUCCGUGCGUCCCCAAACGCAACCAUUAGGUGCAGCUUUUCCUUGGGUCCUCUCCGGCAGCCAAGCCUCUUGUACCCCGAGCUGCCAAGAGCUGGACACGCAACUCCAGCCAGAGGCUGGGCUCGGUGAGCAGGGCCCACGCACAGCGAGCUGGUCCUGGGGCAGCAGGACAACGGGGUUUUAGCCGCCUGGCGAGUCCUACGUCUCAACGCGGAACUCCCAGACGAUAUAGACAUUUAGCUGGUCUGAAGGGGCAGACCCUAAACUGGGACAGGAGACAAGGAGCAGCAGCUCCCUUAGGCAAGCAAAAUGGAUGACACACAAAACCCUUCUGAGGUUCUUCCCCUGGAUUCAGCCGCCCCAGCUUCAGGGAACCCUGAGCCAGCAGCCCCAGGUUCUGCUGACGUAGGCUCAGCUAACCCAGCGGCAGAGACCCGUGAGAAUCUCGAGCAGCCUGAGGCGUCUGGUUCCAGCCUCCCCAAGAAGACCAAGCCAUCAGGCAGCCGGAUCUCCAAACUAUCCAGCUUGCCUGGCGUCAGCCACGCCAAGCUGUCCAAACCACUGAGUCGAGGACUCUCCAAGCGCAUCCUGGAGGCUGUGGCCACCUCGAAGAAGCACACUGGCCUUUCCCUGCAGGCUCUCAAGAAGAUCAUCGUGGCCACGGGCUACAACAUGGCCAAGAAGAAGACCCAUUUCAAGAGGGUGCUCUUGAGCCUGGUGACCAAAGGGCUCCUGCAAAAGCUGAAAGGCACCGGGGCUUCAGGCUCCUUUGGGAUCGGCAAGGAGCUGGCCAAGAAGAUGGGCACAGGGCACAGGAAGAAAAAGGCACCCAAUAAACGAGGGAGGCCCCUCAAGGGUGGCAUAGCAGCCACAAGCCUGGCUGAAAGAGGGCAGCUGCUGACGAUGGAUCUUCUAAGGAAGCCAAGCCAUCAGCCAGCCACGCUGGGCAGCAGCCAGCCAACGCUUGAAGGAUAG